AUGAAAUUGUGCUCUCUGUCAUGGCAGGGGCUUCAGAAAGUGUUGUCUUUACCAGUCCACGAAAAGCUGACAUUUACAGGCAGAAUGAGGACCAGACAAAACAGACUGAGGGAGAAACUGAUAGAGGGGAAGAGUAACACACUGCUCACACAUACUCAAUUACAGCUCCAAGACACACCUGCAUGGAGAGUAUCUAUGAUUAAUGAUCUUAAUAUUCAUAAUGAAAGCAUGGCUAAAUAUAUCGCUAAGAAACGUGAGCUGUUCUUACUGGAGUAUUCACUGGCAGUAAAGAGAGGAGAGAUUCAGCUACUGGAGCAGAUGACUACAGAAGAAGAGAAGAAAUUGAUAAGAGUUGAGAAGCUCCUGAAUGACGAUGCCAUCUUGUUUGAAGAGUUUCUAAAAGAACAUGACAAGAAUGCGGUGGAUGCUAUCAAGAUUGCUGAACAGGAGACCAAGGUAAAGCUGGAGAAAAUAGCCGAGAUAAAGAAGAUCACUUGCAAAAUGGGGUCAAUCAAAAGUGACAUCUCUAAGUAUGAGGACAUCCUGAAGGAGCAUACAAAGUAUAAAGAGUUUCUGAUGAAGCUCUCACCCCCAGAAUGGCAGGAGAAACAGAGAUCUAGAAGCAGAUCCCUCACUGAUUUUCCUGCUGCCACAAAUAUUGAGAGUGAUGGGAAACAGACAGAAAAAUUCAAGAAGAACAGAGAGAGGAAAACAAGUCCUCCUGACAGCAGAAGUGGAGAAAGCAGAGUGACUUGUGAACUUUCUUCCACUCGGGAGGCCAGAGUUCAAUCUAGACAGGUUGUGAAGUCCAGCCAUCAGAACAGCAAAAUAGCUGCAUUUGGGACUGACAGCUCAGAUAACAAGGAGGACCCAGAGCUGUUCUUCACUGAUCCUCAGGAGUUGCUGAACCUGAUAACUGAGCUAGAGGAGCAAAAUAUUUCCCUCAUCCAAAACUCCAAAGAGAGAGAAGAGGCUUUGGAGGAGUUCAGAAAGUCUGCCGAGUUGACUUGCAAAAACAUGGAGUCUGAGACAAAGCAGCUGAAACAGCAUAUUGAUAUCAUGACUGACACCAUUCAGAGGGAGAAAACAGCAGAGCUGGAACUGAGAUCCAGACUUCUCAGCUUUAGAAAGUACAAACUGGAGGACCAGGACAAGACUCUUGACAUAAUAAGCCGUAAGGUAGAGGAAGCAUAUCACAGCUGUGUGGGGGAAACUGAGGCAAAACUGAGCACUUUGCUGAUGCUGACUGCCAUUGAGGACAAAUUGGGGGAGCUUCUAGAAAAUGCAGAUAGGAUUUCAAGAAACUGCAUGACUAUAGCUGAACGUGUCAAAGAGAAACAGAGGAGAAUCAGACUGCGUGAUGAGAAGAUACUUUUACAGAUGAAGCACCAGGAGGAAAGGCAGAAAAAAGCCCUGGAAAGAUCUCAUGCUGAGAUUAAGAAAAUGUCUGUUAAGAAGAUGAUGCCACGCUCUCCGCCACCUGUCUGCAAACUCCAAACCAACAAGAAGACUGAAAUUACAGCCCAGGAGAAGGAAGAGCUCCUGUAUUUCUUUAGUUAAAUUAUAUGUUGAUAACUUAAAGUAUAUAUUGCAGGUGUAUAUUUCUUUUGCUUAAGGCAGUUUUUGAUCCCAGGUUUGUUUUUUUUUGUAAUUAACAUUAUUGAUUCAUGUGCAUAUGACAGUGAA